CGCGAGACAGCUCUUCUUACAGUACUUGUAGACAUUUUGUCGGCUCAGAAAAUUAUGGACGGCAUCAAACUCAGGGAAUGGUACUGCUGAGGUAGUUAAAAGCCAGAAGACGUCGGCAUUUAAGGCCAAAUCCAUAAAUAUAUAUCCAGGUAGGAGACGAAUAAUCUCCCAUCAUGCCUUUGGUGACGCGAAACAUCGAACCGCGGCACCUCUGUCGCCAAUCGCUGCCAAAUACAAUCAAGAGUGAACUGGAGUGUGUGACCAACAUCACACUGGCAAACAUCAUUCGCCAGCUUGGAUCGCUCAGCAAGUAUGCGGAGGAUGUGUUCGGCGAGCUGUUUGUUCAAGCCAGUACGUUUGCUGAACGGGUCAAUACUCUGGGAGAGAGAGUGGACAAGCUGCAGGUCAAAGUCACCCAGCUCGACCCUAAAGAGGAAGAAGUGUCACUUCAGGCAAUCACCAGCCGCAAAGCCUUCCACUCUAAUCUCAUCCAGGACCAGCAGCUCUUCAUCAGGGCUUCACUGCCGCAGCCCAUCAAUGAGACCUAUCUGACCUGCAAUCAGCCGCCGCCACUGGACAAGCUCAGCCCUUACAGGGAGGAUGGCAGGGAGGCGCUUAAGUUUUACACUGAUCCGUCUUACUUCUUUGACCUUUGGAAAGAGAAAAUGCUUCAAGAUACCAAGGACAUUAUAAAAGAGAAACGCAAACACAAGAAGAAGAAAGAUGACAAUGUUAACCGAAGGAACUUGAACCCUCGGAAGAUCAAAACCCGUAAAGAUGAAUGGGAACGCCAGAAAAUGGGGGCGGAGUUUGUUGUCCCCAAAAGUGAUGCCUUGGGCAACUCUUCGGAAGCAUUGAACGGCAGUAUCGGCUCUGGUGAUGAUGGCUACAUCCACACUGAUAGUUAUUUGGAACAAAGCACUAACUCCUACAGCUACGAUCCCGGCUCUCCUCUCCCACCUCCAGCGCAGGAGGAUUUCCCACCUCCACCACCUCCAGACACGCAGUUUAAUGAAUCUGGUGGUGUUCAUACAAAGCGUGGCAGUGUUUUAAGCCCCAGCCAUCCUCCUCCAGCUCCACCGUCCAUGCCUUCUUCCCCAGGCCGUCCGACUGUGGCUCCUCCUCUGGCUCCUCCACCGCCUCCACCUCCCGGCGGGAUGAUCCCACCUCCACCUCCUUUAGGUUUUGAUUCGCCUCCGUCUCCUCCUCCGUUCUCCGGCAAUGCUGUUUCCAUCCCGCCUCCACCACCCAUGGAUUCGAGUAUCCCAGCUCCUCCACCCCCACCCAUGGCUGGUGGACCUCCUCCUCCUCCACCUCCGCCUCCUCCUCCAGGGCCUCCACCUCCAGGACCUCCUCCACCCUCUGCUCCAGGUCCACAUCCAUCAGCAGGAGUCUCUGCUCCAUCUGCACCCAAAGCUCAGCCGGCUCCAGCCGCCGGUGAUGCUCGCAGUGACCUCCUCGCAGCCAUCCGUCAAGGGUUCAACCUGCGUAAAGUGGAGGAGCAGCGAGAGCAGGAGAAGCGGGAUCACAAUGGUAAUGAUGUGGCGGCCAUUCUGUCUCGCCGUAUCGCUGUGGAGUGCAGCGACUCUGAGGAUGAUUCGUCUGAGUUUGAUGAUGACGAUUGGUCCGACUGAAGCAUCUUCAUCACCUGUGCAACCACAUCAAGAUCAUUCCUGUUAGACUCGCACUUCUCAUAUCAUAUUACUGUUUACUUUCAGUGUGGCCAAAAGCAAAUAAGGGGAAGCGGGCCAAAGUGUGUGUGUGUGUGUGUGUCCGGAAGGUCUAAUCUAAAUGAGAGAGUGAAUUAUUUAGUUCUUAAUCCCUCUCCUCUUUCAGAGAGCAUGUGGCUCUGUACAAUGUGGCCAAAGGGAUACUGAGAUCAUGUUCUAGUGUGUGUUUGUGCGUGUGCGCGAGUGUAUGUUUGUGCAUGAGAGUUUGUGCGGUGCAUGCUUGCAAGCAUUUGAGCGAGCAUGCAUGCAAGUGUUUGUAACGUGUGUGUGUGUGUGAGUGAGUGUUUGUGCGUGUGCGCGAGGACAAGUGUUUGCACAUGCAAGUUUUUGUGAGCGUUUGUGCAUGCGAGUGUUUGCAUGCGAGUGUUUUCAGGCAAGCGUGCGUGCGAGCGUGCGUGAGCGUUUGUGCGUGCGAGCGUUUGUGCGUGCGAGCGUUUGUGCGUGAGCGUUUGUACGUGCGUGCGAGCGUUUGUGCGUAAGCGUGUGUACGUGCGUGCGAGCGUUUGUGCGUGACCGUUUGUACGUGCUUGCGAGCGUUUGUGCAUAAGCGUUUGUACGUGCGUGCGAGCGUUUGUGCGUGAGCGUUUGUACGUGCGUGUGAGCGUUUGUACGUGCGUGCGAGCGUUUGUGCGUGAGCGUUUGUACGUGCGUGCGAGCGCUUGUGCGUAAGCGUUUGUACGUGCGUGCGAGCGCUUGUGCGUAAGCGUUUGUACGUGCGUGCGAGCGCUUGUGCGUAAGCGUUUGUACGUGCGUUUGUGCAUAAGCGUUUGUACGUGCGUGCGAACGUUUGUACGUAAGCGUUUGUGCGUGACCGUUUGUACGUGCGUGCGAGCGUUUGUGCGUAAGCGUUUGUACGUGCGUGCGAGCGUUUGUGCGUGACCGUUUGUACGUGCGUGCGAGCGUUUGUACGUGGCUGCGAGCGUUUGUGCGUGAGCGUUUGUACGUGCGUGCGAGCGCUUGUGCGUAAGCGUUUGUACGUUCGUGCGAGCGCUUGUGCGUAAGCGUUUGUACGUGCGUGCGAGCGCUUGUGCGUAAGCGUUUGUACGUGCGUGCGAGCGUUUGUGCAUAAGCGUUUGUACGUGCGUGCGAGCGUUUGUACAUGAGCGUUUGUGCGUGAGCGUUUGUGCGUAAGCGUUUGUGCGUGAGCGUUUGUGCGUAAGCGUUUGUGUGUGCGUGCGAGCGUUUGUGCAUGAGAGUUUGUACGUGUGCGAGCGUUUGUGCGUGCGAGCGUUUGUGCGUGCGAGCGUUUGUGCGUGAGCGUUUGUGCGUGCGUGCGAGCGUUUUUGCGUGAGCGUUUGUGCGUGCAAGCGUUUGUGCGUGCGUGCGAGCGUUUGUACGUGCGUGCGAGCGUUUGUGUGUGCGUGCGAGCGUUUGUGCGUGAGUGUUUGUACGUGCGUGCGAGCGUUUGUGCGUAAGCGUUUGUACGUGCGUGCGAGCGUUUGUACGUGCGUGCGAGCGUUUGUGUGUGCAUGCGAGUGUUGUGCGUGAGCGUUUGUACAUGCGAUCGUUUAUGUGGGUGAGCAUUUGUGUGCAUGCAAGUGUUUGUUUGUUUGUGUGUGUGAGUGUUUGUGCGAGUGUGCGAGCACGAGUGUUUGCAGAUGCACUUUUUUUGCGAGCGUUCGUGCAUGCAAGCAUUUGUGUGUGAGUGUUUGUUUGUGCUUGCAUGUGCGAGUGUUUGUGCAUGCGUUCGAGUGGUAGCGUUGUGUGUGAGCGUUUGUCCAUGCGAGCGUUUGUGCAUACGAGCGUGCAUGUGUGCGAGUGAUUGAGUGUGUGCGAGUGUUUGUGCUUGUGUGCAUUAGUUUUUGUACGUGUGCGCGAGCACGAGUGUUUGCACAUCCACAUUUGUUUGUGCAUGUGAGGGAACGAGCGACUGUUUGUUUGUGCGUGAGUGUUUGUGUACAUGAGCACAAUUGUGUGUGUGCAUUUGUGUUUUGUGUGUGUUUGGCCAUUUAUGCAUGUUUGCGUUCUAUGUGUUUGAUUGUGCACACUUGUGUUUGUGUGUGUUUUCGUGUCUUCCUCUUUAUACACCAGUAUAGAUUUAGUUCAAUCUCACCAUUACCAUUAUUCCGUAUGAAUUAAUCAACUCAAGCCUUACUUAAAGCAAGACCAGACACCCUUUCUGAUGCAGAUUUUCCAAUAGUUCGUCUCUCUCUCUCGCACCUCGAGGGAUAAAAUAAUUCUCCAUCACCAAAAGUGCUUCUAUUUGUGUCCUGAACAGAAUGAUGUUUGUCAGCCGCACAGUUCUAGUCCUUUUCUUUCUGUCUCUUAUGUUCAGCCCAAGUGCCUGCUUCAUGAUGCCUGUUGUUUUAAUGCCAAAGUUUUAGAAAUUAUGCAAGAUUUUGAAAUCAAAGAAAGUGAGAUUGUUUUAUUUGAUGUAUGUGGGUAAUAAUUACGAGAUUUUUUUCUAUCAGCAACUGAAAUAAAAUCUUAAAUGUA